GAGAGAGAUCAUUUAGGUUAGAUAGCGCCCCCUCCCCAUCCUCAGUUGCACGCCGCGGGAGGGAUUUGCGUGUUUCCCACAAGAAAAGAAGUCUCAAAUGUCCCAUUGAAAAGGCGGCAGAGGUUCAGCAAAGGAAGGAAAGAGAAGCGAGAGAGAGAAGGAGAGGGACAGCGGGCGAGACAAAAGAGGCAGCGGCUGCUCUGGGUUUCAGACUCGGCUUCUCCUCGGCGGCAACGCGGCUAGCGAGCGGGCUUUACUUCUUAUCUUCACUUCUCAUUCUACGACUCCUUUGAGCACCAGAGCGCAUAUCAGGGUGGAGAGGAGAGCAUCUGAAAACAGAAGUGUGCUCUCUCUCUCUCUUUUCUUUCACUCGAAGGACGAGAGGAGCCGAGACUGGGGCGCAUCUUGAUUAGCGGCGCUGCUGUUCGGUGCUGCUACUCGGUUCUGCUACACGGUGCUGCUCGGUGCUACACAGUUCUGCUCGGCGAUAAACAGAACAAAGAGAGUUGGAGUGAGGAAAUGAGCCCAGCUUUAGUCCAACACUGAAACGAGGCCAAAUGCACUUCUGAGCUCUGAGAUACCCUCAAAGUCUCUCUCUCUCUGUCUCUUUUUGUCUUUCGUCUGCAACAAAACACUGGAAGAACACCGCAAAACACCACCACACCAUGUUUCCACAGAACCGACCACCGGCGCCUCUCCAGCCACCCCCCGGGUCUUCGGCUUCGGCAGCAGCUGCGGCGGCGGCUGCAGCAUCAGGAUCGGCUCAGUCCCUAAAACUCACUUAUCCUGAGACCCUGGACCGGAUUAAGGAGGAGUUUCAGUUCCUUCAGACUCAGUACCACAGCCUAAAGCUCGAGUGUGAGAAACUGGCCACGGAGAAGACGGAAAUUCAGAGACACUAUGUGAUGUAUUAUGAAAUGUCCUAUGGCCUGAACAUUGAGAUGCAUAAACAGACGGAGAUUGCUAAGCGGCUGAAUGUGAUCUGUGCGCAGCUCAUCCCAUUUCUCUCACAGGAGCAUCAGCAGCAGGUGGUCCAGGCCAUGGAACGCGCCAAACAGGUGACUAUGGGGGAGUUGAAUGCAUCGAUAGGGGUACGUGGACUCCCCCCUCUGCCUCCCACACAACAGCUGCAGGCUCAGCACCUUUCCCAGCAUGCCGCUCAGGCUCUGCCCAUGGCCCCUCACCCCUCAGGGCUGCCCCACCCGGGAUUGGCUCUGGGGGGCAGCUCGGGCCUGCUGGCUCUCUCCGGGGCACUCGGGGCGCAGCUGGCUGCUAAGGAUGAAAGAGCACAUCUGGAGGCUGUAGCAGCGGCGGCGGCGGCUGCUGAGCACCACCGAGACCGUGAGGCGGGACCAAGCUCCUUAUCAAACGGAGACAAAGGCCGCACAUCAGACUACCUCAGCAAUGGAAAGAAAAGGAAAUCAGACGAGAAGGAAUUCACAGACUACGGUAGCGAUGCUGACAAGAGUGAUGACAACUUGGUAGUGGAUGAGGACCCUUCGUCUCCACGCAGUGUGCACUCGUACUCCUCCAGAGAGAACGGUCUCGACAAGCUGCCGCCCUCCAGGAAAGAGCCUCUGCCUCAGGCCAGCCCUACCUCGCUGACCUCCUCCUCCAGCAGCGCCUCGCCCUCUCGCAGCAAAGAGCCUCCACCAAGGGAGAAAUCUAGUACCCCAGGGCUAAAACCAGGCACGCCCAUGUCUCAAGAUUCCUCCACCCCCGGCCCCAGCGGCCCACCCCAAUACCGCCCUGUCCCGGGAAAAACAGGUGUGGACCCUCUGGCUCUGGGUGUGAGGAACCCACUGGCGGUGCAGGGUGUGUAUCCUCCAGGUGCUUUCGGUCUGCCUCCUCCGGGGGUGAACGGCGAACUUGCUGGAGCAGCCGCAGCAUAUGGCGCUGGACUCCACCUUGUCUCACCACAGAUGAACGGCUCUGCCGCUGUAGCCGCCGCCGCCGCAGCCGCCGCUGCUGGAUAUGGACGCUCCCCUGUGGAAAAGAGGCAAAUUUCUAGGCUGGGACAAUUUAUGUCAAGGCUUGAAAUGAAGAAACUAGUGGGUUAUGAGUCUCCUCACCCCCACAUGAGGGUCCCUGGCCUCCCUGCUAGCCUCCAGCCUGCAGCCUCAGGAAAGCCUGCGUACUCAUUCCAUGUGAGUGCAGAUGGACAGAUGCAGCCUGUGCCCUUCCCUCCGGACGCUCUUCUGGGCCCGGGCAUCCCGCGCCACGCCCGGCAGAUCCACACACUCAGCCAUGGAGAGGUGGUGUGUGCCGUCACCAUCAGCACCUCCACACGCCACGUCUACACUGGCGGCAAAGGCUGUGUCAAAGUGUGGGACAUCAGCCAGCCGGGCAGCAAGAGCCCCAUGGCCCAACUCGACUGUCUGAACAGGGACAACUACAUCCGCUCAUGCAAGCUCCUCCCAGAUGGGAGGACUUUGAUAGUUGGAGGUGAAGCCAGCACUCUGUCCAUCUGGGACUUGGCCACGCCCACUCCACGCAUCAAGGCGGAGUUGACGUCCUCGGCUCCGGCGUGCUACGCGCUGGCCAUCAGUCCAGACAACAAGGUCUGUUUCUCCUGCUGCAGCGACGGCAACAUCGUCGUGUGGGACCUUCACAACCAGACGCUCGUCAGGCAGUUCCAGGGCCACACUGAUGGAGCCAGCUGCAUCGACAUCUCCAACGACGGGACCAAACUGUGGACUGGGGGACUCGACAAUACGGUGCGCUGCUGGGACCUGAGAGAGGGCCGCCAGCUCCAGCAGCAUGACUUCACCUCCCAGAUCUUCUCCCUGGGUUACUGUCCUACAGGAGAGUGGCUGGCAGUGGGCAUGGAGAGCAGUAAUGUGGAAGUACUGCACGUCUCCAAACCAGACAAGUACCAGCUGCACCUUCACGAGAGCUGUGUGCUGUCACUCAAGUUCGCCUACUGCGGCAAGUGGUUUGUAAGCACAGGUAAAGAUAAUCUCCUGAACGCUUGGAGAACUCCUUACGGCUCCAGCAUAUUCCAGUCGAAGGAGUCCUCGUCAGUCCUCAGCUGUGACAUCUCGCCUGACGACCAGUUCAUCGUGACCGGCUCAGGAGACAAGAAGGCCACUGUGUAUGAGGUCAUUUACUAAAGCAGCCACAGACUGGAUCCCAGAACAGAAGUACAGUACCAUGUAGCUGGAAGAGCGGAAACCAAGAUCCGACUUUGACUUUGGAACAGAGUGAUGGAGGUGGAGUUGGAGAAAAGCGCCUACGCUUUUUACAUUUUUUUUUUUAUUUUUAUGUCCGUUAGGGACAGGCAUUGAGGGAGGACUGUGGAGCUCCAGAACAGGACUGACCUUGUUGUUUUUUUAAUGCUGUGAGAAAGCUAGCUUCAGAGACGCGGGAUUCCUCCAAAGACUUCUCUUUUGCUUUAUUGUUUUUCCUUUUGUUAUUUUUUAAACAAGAUGAAUUCUCUGUAGUGAAUGAAAUAGCAAAGAGAAUUUUUU